GAAGAUCCACUCUCAGUACCAGGCGAGAACCCACUCCUGCACUGUGAAGAUCCCAAAGACGAUAUCCUGGCAUUGAAGAGCGUAGACCUCACCCCCAACCCACCCAAGGCUGGCAGCAAACUAGAAGUCGUCGCCUCCGGUGUCCUCGCCGACGAUGUUGAAGACGGCGCCCAAGUCCAUCUCACCGUGAAGUACGGCCUCAUCACCAUCAUCCGACAGACCGCCAACCUGUGCGACACGGUCAAGAACGUCGACCUCGAAUGUCCGAUCAAGAAGGGUGAUAUCAAAUUGUCUAAGGAUGUGGAUCUUCCCAAGGAAAUCCCGCCUGGAAAAUACACUGUGCUUGCGGAUGUGAGGACGAAGGAUGAUGAGAGGAUUACGUGCUUGACUGCGACUGUUCAAUUCAGCAGA